AUGCGUGCUCGCGUGCCCUCGCACUGGACCGCACGCCAUCAUGAGACCACAGUGACGCGCGAAUCGACCAAGCUGUAUCUGCGCGAGUACGCCGGAGAGGAUGAGCGGCCGCCGUGCCGGGAGCGCGAGGAGUGGCGCCGGCAGGACUGGUCCGGCGCCCGCGGCCGCCUGCCGCAGGUGGACCGCAGCCCCUCGCGGCGGUCCCCGUACCUCACGCGGGACGACGAGCCGUCGCCGGCGCCCGACGAGCGCGGCCGUUCCGCCUCCGCCGGCGCCCACCACCGCGCCCGGCCGCGCCCGCUCCGCUACCAGUCCCUGGAGCGAGACUACGACCGCUCCUACGCCCCGCCCCCGCCCCCCGAAGAUGACUAUUACAGGCGAGAACCACCACCCCUCUUCCUGGGCGAACUCCAGUCCCAGAACUCCGACCUUCAACGGGAGCUGGGAAACCUUAAGAAAGAACUGGAACUGACCAACCAGAAACUGGGCUCCAGUAUGCACAGCAUAAAGACCUUCUGGAGCCCAGAGCUGAAGAAGGAGAGGGCGCUGAGGAAAGAGGAGAGCGCGAAGUACAGCCUCAUCAACGACCAGCUCAAACUGCUCAACCAGGAAAACCAGUCAGAAAUUCCAAGUCUGCUGAUACUGCUGGACAAAGUAUGGCCAGCAAUGCUAAGAAUGUGCUGA